AUGGGCUGGCUGGACUCCUCCCUCUUCGUCGGCUGCCGUAUCGCGUACUACAUCCAAGAUGUGGAGACAUGCGCCAUCACCAAAUCCGUUCUCACCAAAUGCGUGAAAUCCAAAACCUGCAUGCUCUCCAUCUCGCUCACCGCGCAUCCUCAAGUCCUCCUCCUCGACAGCGACAACACCAUCCGCAUCCUCGACAAGCAAGGCAUGCCUCUUUUCCCGGAAGACUCGCUUCUCCGCAUCACCACGCAGCCCACGCAGCUCCUCGCUCUGUUUCCGUACUGCUUCGUGCUGGUGAGCAACUACCUCUACGUGUACAAUCUCGUCGAUCUGCGGCGCAUUCAGCGCAUUCCGCUGCAAGGCCGCUUCGCUAUCGUCCCCAACGACGACUUCGCCGCCUCGCCUUUCCUCUUCUACUCCUCGCACAACGUCUACCAGCUCGGUUUGCUCGCUCCCGAAGACCAGAUCCAAUUCCUCACGCAGCAAAACCCGCCUCUCUACGACCAGGCGCUCUCCGUCGCCAUCAACCACGAUCUCGACAGCGACGUCGUCCACCAGCUCCACUUCGAUGCCGCGCUUUUCUUCUUCGCCCAGAGCCGCUUCGACGAGGCCAUCCAGCACUUCCAGGACAGCUGCUGCUCCGUCGAGGACGUUCUCUUUCUCUACAAGGACCUCCAGUUCUCCCCGCCCCCCGCCUCCACGCGCGCCAUCGCGGUUCCUCUCAUGUCCGUCGCUGCGCGACGACACGCCUACGAGGCGCUCGUGCGGUAUCUCCGGCACGUCCGCGAGGCCAUGCCCGCCUCCAACGAAACGCUCACGCGCGUGGACACGGCGCUGGUGUUCGCGCUGAUCGCGCUGCAGGCGGCGGACGAGCUGAAAGCCUUCCUGCUGGGCGCGAACUACUGCGACGUAGCGCUGAUCGAGGAGCGGCUGGUGCAGUCCAUCAAGACCGCGAUGACCGAGAAGUCGCGGCUGGUCUUCACGUUCACGCUGCUCUACCUCUUCGAGGGCAAGCAGCAGUUCAAACGCGCCGUCGAGGUCGUGCUCUUCCAGAUGCAGCAGUACCGCGAGGCGUCGCCCGAGCGCUCGCAGCUGCUGCGCAUCCUCACGCACGUGCUGUUCGGACUCGAGGCCAUCGACGAGGACCUCGUCUUCAAGUGCAGCGAGAAGAUCUACGAGGAGGACCCCGCGCUCGUGCUUCGCUGCUUCGUCGAUGACAAGGGCGUCAUCGGCCAUCUCAACAUUUACCACACCGCGCAGCAUCUGCGCGCGCUCACGCGGCGCGAGCCCUCCGCUUACCGGCGAAACGCGCUCCCCAUUCAGUAUCUACGCGUUGUGACGCCGCACAUCCCCGCGGGAACCGGGGCGCUGCGGCUCCCCGAGGAUCACAAUCUCGCGCAGAUUCUGGCGCUGCUGUACAUCGAAACUAUCAACGAGGCCGAAGAAGUUUGCCGCCAAAACGAAGGUCCGCGGGAACACAAACAGGAGGAGGAGGAACACGAAGAAGUUUCCCGCCCGAUUCAAAACGAAGAAGUUUCCCGCCAAAACAUCGCCGAUCCCGCGGUUAUCGCGCAGUACACCGCGGAACUCCGCGCGCUGCUUCGCCGAAACGCCUCCUACGACCCAGCGAAACUCCUCGAUGCGCUCCCCGCGGGGAAGAUGCUGGAAGAGCGGUGCAUCGUGUUGUCGCGGUUACACGAACACGAGCAGGCGCUAACAAUCCUGUUAUACUCGCUGCGAAACGUGGAAACCGCGUUCCGGUACUGCGCGGAGGUCUGCGAAUUGCCGGAUUCCCGCGAUUAUCGCGUGUAUCACGCGCUGGUGCACGUAAUGCUGCAUCCCCCCGCGGGAAGCGACGUCGAUUACAAGGACGAAGUUUUCGCGGUUCUGGACCGAUUCCACGAUCAUCUGGAUGCGGAGUUUGUGCUGGAUGAGUUCCCCGAGGACACGCCGUUUCAGCUGCUGUACCCGUUUACGGUGCAGGCAGUGAACGCCUCGACGGAGAGCAUGUACAACACGCGCAUGAAAUUCAAUCUGACCAUGUCGGACUACGCGGAGGCAGGCGAGAGAGGAAGGGAUGAGGCGUAG